CAGACGGAGAGCGCAGAAGCAGCAGAGGCUGCAGCAUAUGAACUCCACAAGAGUCUCCACUGGAUCACAAUGAUAUAGAUUCAAGCACUGUUCGCACUUUUAACAACUUUCGGGAGCAAAUGAUCAUGUCAGAAUCUGUACGGAAGAUGUUGAGGGCGAAGCUUGUGGUGCUGGGAAGAGAUAACUGUGGGAAGACAGCUCUGUGUGUCAGAUUCAUCACCAGACGUUUCAUUGGAGAGUAUGAACAUAAAAGGGAGGUCACCUACAGGUGUCAGAAAAUCGUGGACAAGGAGGCGAUUGAACUGGCGAUUUUAGACACAGUUAAUAAGGAAUGUGCAGGACCUGCUGCGUCGUCUCUGGAGAGUUCCAUUAAAUGGGGUGAUGGGUUUCUCAUUAUGUACUCUGUGACGGAUCGCAGCAGUUUUGAGGCUGUGUCGCGCCUGAAGAGACUGAUUGACCACAUUAAACAAACGCUUGGUAUUCCAACAGUCAUCGUUGCCAACAAAUGCGACGUGGAGAAUGGCCGAGUGGUGAGGACAGAUGAGGGACAGGCAUUAGCCUCAGACCUGAGGUGCAGUUUCUUUGAGCUGUCUGUAGCAGACGACGCUUCAGCAGUGGAGGCCGUGUUCGGGCAGCUGGUGCGUGAAGUGCGUCAGGAGUUCCUGCGCCACCUGCUGGCUAUGGACAAGCGCUCACGAAUGCUGCAGAUGAGACAUGCACUCAAAAACAAACUCACACGGAGUAAAACCAUGCAGUGGUGAUGACCAGAAAGACUAAACGCAGUUCAGACAUGACAACCAUAGUGCUGUAUCCUGUAACCUUUUAGAGAACAACAAGUGCCUUUUGGAUUUCCAAAUACUGUCAUGGACAUUGUCACCUGUGUGUCCAGCAAAAAGUAGUGUGUUUUUUAAAGGUGCAGUGUGCAAUUUAUGUGCCACUGGCAGGUACAAACUGAAUUGUGAAAAUAAUGACUUAAAACACUCCCUUCCAUUGUUUGGACAAACAGGUA